AUGGACGAAACAGAUCUGAACCGAGCAGAGGUCGGUGAUCUGAUAUUCCUAGCGAAAAACAGCACUUCGUGCGCGUUCGAACGAGCAGUAUCUGACGCCGCAUCGUCUCCAUACUAUCAUGUAGGGAUAAUCGUACACGACAACCAUGUCGUGCACGCGUUACCGCGCGGCGUACUUUAUCAAACUGUAAUUGACAUGGUCGCUGAUUGUGAGCCGGAUCGAGUGGAAAUCGUAUACGUAAAAGCUAAGAAGUCGGCAAAAAUCAGAGCAGCUAAAUACGCGGAGAAAAAAAUCGGCAUGCCCUAUAACGAUUUAUUCUCACCAGAUUGUAUAAAUUCCGAUGGUGUAGAAUCAUACUACUGUAGUCAACUGGUAACCGAAGCGUAUCAUGGUGAAAUUGAAUUCCCCGAACAUAAACUGAAUUUUAAAGAUGAAAAUGGGGAAAUUUUGGAGUAUUGGAAAGAGUACUAUGAGACAAGGGGCAGACCUGUCCCACAAGAUGAACCUGGAUCUCAUCCUGCGUCAAUUCGCAGAGCACCCGAAUUGGAGAUGCGACUCACCAGACACCUUCAGAAGUGUAUGCUUGAUAGUAAAGGUGUCACGGAGGCGCUGCACUUUGUCGGUGGUGCUCAAGUGAAUUUCAAUACUGGCAAGAAGUUCAGCGUCGUUGAGCCAAGAAGUGGAAAAAGAUUAGCGGACUGCCAUGCUGCCACAGCGGAAGAUGUAUCGAAUGUGGUUGAGACAGCCUUCAAGGCACUACCGAUAUGGUCUGGAAUGAGUUGGCUGGAACGUGGUGCUGUUCUGAGAAAAACUGCUGAGCUUCUUAAAAAGAAUUGCGAAGAAAUUGCCCAUUGGGAAUGUGUUGAUAAUGGAAAACCGAUAACAGAAGCUCGAAUGGAUGUGCUCAGUUGUAUCGACACCUUUAGUUAUUACGCAGGGGCAGGUCAAUCGCUUGUAGGACAGCACAUUCCGCUUAGUCGCGAUCGAUUUGCCUACACAAAACGCGAACCGCUUGGAGUGGUUGGAUGCAUAGGAGCAUGGAAUUACCCAAUCCAAACAUGUACUUGGAAAGUAGCACCAGCGUUAGCUUGUGGUAAUGCAGUCGUUUACAAGCCGAGUCCUCUAGCACCUGUGUCAGCAGUUCUGCUCGGUCAGAUCUUGCAUAUGGCUGGACUUCCAUCGGGGACCUACAACGUCAUCCAAGGUGGUGCUGAAACCGGCAGUGCUCUUAUUCAGAAUCCACUGGUGAAAAAAAUCUCUUUCACAGGAAGUGUGCCGACGGGGAAAAAGAUCAUGCAGGGUUGUGCAUCCAGAAAUGUUAAGCCGGUGACACUGGAAUUAGGUGGGAAGUCAUCGCUAAUCAUUUUGGAUGACUCUGACAUCGAUUCGGCUGUUUCUGGCGCAAUGAUGGCGAAUUUUUAUAGCCAAGGACAAGUAUGCUCAAAUGCCAGUAAGGUACUGGUACAUCGAUCAAUAGUUGCUGAUUUCGUCGCCAAGCUGCGUGAGAAGACGUCUGCUAUGCGCGUUGGAGAUCCGCUAGAAGAAGACACGAAAGUUGGCGCUCAUAUUUCGCGCGAACAUAUGGAGCGUGUCAAAAAAUACAUUGAUGGUGCCGUUGCGGAUGGCGCACGGAUCGUUUGCGGCGGCGAUGCGGUACAGGUUACCGGCCUUGAAGACGGCUUCUAUCUAUCCCCAUGUGUUCUUACGGACAUCCGCAAGGAAAUGGCUGUUUACCGUGAGGAGAUAUUCGGCGCGGUACUUCUUGUGAUACCUUUUGAUACGGACGAUGAGGCUAUAGAUAUUGCUAACGAUACAACGAUGGGUCUAGCCGCUGGAGUUUUUACAAAGGAUUUGGCACGUGCUCAUUCCAUAGUUGAUCGACUACAUGCCGGGAAUGUCUAUGUGAACACUUUCAACGACGUCUCACCAUUUGUUCCGUUCGGCGGCUACGAUGAUUCAGGAUUCGGACGUGAAAAUGGUACCGCGGCUAUCGAACACUAUACACAGAUUAAGUCGGUUUUUGUGUCAACAGCAGCGACACUGCCGAAUCCUUUCUAA